GCGGCCGGAACUGCGGGCGGGGGGCUUCCCGGGGGCGGGGGGCGCCGAGUGGCUGCGGCGCGGCUGCAGGAGCGCGAGGCGGCGGCGGCGGAACUCGCGGGGGUCCCCUCGCGGCGCCCGCGACCCCCGGCCUCCAGGCAUGGGCGCCUCUGCGGCGCAGAGCAGCUCAGGGCCGGCUGGUGCGCGACCCCGGAAAGCGGGGGUGGAGACGCGAGCGGAGCCCGCGGGGCCAGGCCUCCACCAUGGACAGAGGCCAGGCCCUGCCCCUCCAAGGCAGCCUGGCUCCUUCUGCUGGGCCCUGAAGGCGGACCGGAUAAUGUGGUUGGCCAAGGCCUGUUGGUCCAUCCAGAGUGGGCUCCCUGAGGCUGCCAGGAAGAGCCCCCAACCAAUCUUGGGAUUCUCCCUUCGUGCGGUUGUCUGGGACCUUUUUCCAGGGUCAAAGCAGAUCGUGAGGAGGAAGCUGAGAUGCCCUGUAUCCAAGCCCAAUAUGGGACACCAGCACCGAAUCCAGGACCCCAUGACCACCUGGCAAGCGACCCCCUGACCCCGGAGUUCAUCAAGCCCACCAUGGACCUGGCCAGCCCCGAGGCGGCCCCCGCUGCCCCCACUGCCCUACCCAGCUUCAGCACCUUCAUGGACGGCUACACAGGAGAGUUUGACACCUUCCUCUACCAGCUGCCGGGAACAGUCCAGCCAUGCUCCUCAGCCUCCUCCUCGGCCUCCUCCACAUCCUCAUCCUCAGCCACCUCCCCCGCCUCUGCCUCCUUCAAGUUCGAGGACUUCCAGGUGUACGGCUGCUACCCCGGCCCCCUGAGCGGUCCAGUGGAUGAGGCCCUGUCCUCCAGUGGCUCUGACUACUAUGGCAGCCCCUGCUCAGUCCCGUCGCCCUCCACGCCCAGCUUCCAGCCGCCCCAGCUCUCUCCCUGGGAUGGCUCAUUUGGCCACUUCUCGCCCAGCCAGACUUACGAAGGCCUGCGGGCAUGGACAGAGCAGCUGCCCAAAGCCUCUGGGCCCCCACAGCCUCCAGCCUUCUUUUCCUUCAGUCCUCCCACCGGUCCCAGCCCCAGCCUGGCCCAGAGCCCCCUGAAGUUGUUCCCCUCACAGGCCACCCACCAGCUGGGGGAGGGAGAGAGCUAUUCCAUGCCUACGGCCUUCCCAGGUUUGGCACCCACUUCUCCACACCUUGAGGGCUCGGGGAUACUGGAUGCACCCGUGACCUCAACCAAGGCCCGGAGCGGGGCCCCAGGUGGAAGUGAAGGCCGCUGUGCUGUGUGUGGGGACAACGCGUCGUGCCAGCAUUAUGGCGUCCGCACCUGCGAGGGCUGCAAGGGCUUCUUCAAGCGCACAGUGCAGAAAAACGCCAAGUACAUCUGCCUGGCUAACAAGGACUGCCCUGUGGACAAGAGGCGGCGAAACCGCUGCCAGUUCUGCCGCUUCCAGAAGUGCCUGGCGGUGGGCAUGGUGAAGGAAGUUGUCCGAACAGACAGCCUGAAGGGGCGGCGGGGCCGGCUACCUUCAAAACCCAAGCAGCCCCCAGAUGCCUCCCCUGCCAAUCUCCUCACUUCCCUGGUCCGUGCACACCUGGACUCAGGGCCCAGCACUGCCAAGCUGGACUACUCCAAGUUCCAGGAGCUAGUGCUGCCCCACUUUGGGAAGGAAGAUGCUGGGGAUGUACAGCAGUUCUACGACCUACUCUCCGGUUCUCUGGAGGUCAUCCGCAAGUGGGCGGAGAAGAUCCCUGGCUUUGCUGAGCUGUCACCAGCUGACCAGGACCUGUUGCUGGAGUCGGCCUUCCUGGAGCUCUUCAUCCUCCGCCUGGCGUACAGGUCUAAGCCAGGCGAGGGCAAGCUCAUCUUCUGCUCAGGCCUGGUGCUACACCGGCUGCAGUGUGCCCGUGGCUUCGGCGACUGGAUUGACAGCAUCCUGGCCUUCUCAAGGUCCCUGCACAGCUUGGUUGUCGAUGUCCCUGCCUUCGCCUGCCUCUCUGCCCUUGUCCUCAUCACCGACCGGCAUGGGCUGCAGGAGCCGCGGCGGGUGGAGGAGCUGCAGAACCGCAUCGCCAGCUGCCUGAAAGAGCACGUGGCAGCUGUGGCGGGCGAGCCCCAGCCGGCCAGCUGCCUGUCACGUCUGCUGGGCAAACUGCCCGAGCUGCGGACCCUGUGCACCCAGGGCCUGCAGCGCAUCUUCUACCUCAAGCUGGAGGACUUGGUGCCCCCUCCACCCAUCAUUGACAAGAUCUUCAUGGACACGCUGCCCUUCUGACCCCCGCCUGGGAACACGUGUGCACAUGUGCACUCUCAUAUGCCACCCCACGUGCCUUUAGUCCACGGACCCCCAGAGCACCCCCAAGCCUGGGCUUGAGCUGCAGAAUGACUCCACCUUCUCACCUGCUCCAGGAGGUUGGCAGGGAGCUCAAGCCCUUGGGGAGGGGGAUGCCUUCAUGGGGGUGACCCCACGAUUUGUCUUAUCCCCCCCAGCCUGGCCCCGGCCUUUAUGUUUUUUUGUAAGAUAAACCGUUUUUAACACAUAGCGCCGUGCUGUAAAUAAGCCCAGUGCUGCUGUAAAUACAGGAAGAAAGAGCUUGAGGUGGGAGCAGGGUUGGGAGGAAGGGAUGGGCCCCACCUGCCUGGGCAGCCUUUCCAGCCUCCUGCUGGCUCUCUCUUCCUACCCUCCUUCCACAUGUACAUAAACUGUCACUCUAGGAAGAAGACAAAUGACAGAUUCUGACAUUUAUAUUUGUGUAUUCUCCUGGAUUUAUAGUUUGUGACUUUUCUGAUUAAUAUAUUUAAUAUAUUGAAUAAAAAAUAGACAUGUAGCUGGAA